CCAACUUUUUCCUACUUACUGUAACUUGGACCACGUCAGUCUGUCACUCUCCCACGUUACCACGCACAAGAGCAUCAUAAAAGUAAACCCCACACCUGCAGCCCACCACUACCACAGCUACAACAGCAUCCACACACAGGUUAGUACAACAGCACCCACAUACAGAACCUCCAAGAUGUCCCUCCUACACGUCAUUCUCGUCUGCCUGCCACUGUUGGCCCUCGGCCAGGAUCUGACGGCUAUCGCUUACGAGUCUUUCAGAAGGAUUGAUGCCAAUAAUGAUGGACGCGUUACAAAGCCCGAAGUCCUAGAUUAUUUCGAUGACUACGAUCUGAACAACGAUGGCCAUGUGACCAAGGUAGAGUACGGCCAACGUGUCGACUCAGUUUUCCACGACCCAACCGUCAACCAGGUCCUGCACCGCAUCUUCCCCGGCCUAGACAUCGACAACAACAACAUCCUCAACAACGCCGACUACGACGACAUCUUCGCCAUCGCUGACGCCAACAACAAUGGACAAAUCACACAAGAUGAGUUUGACAGAUACUUCAAAAUUAUCGCCACGUAAAUUGCAGUCUAUAGAAGAGAUUUGUUUUGUUGUGAAUAAAUAUUGACAUUUAGUACUUUU